UCGGGCUUUACAUCACCCUCCCAUUGACUUUUCAUGCUGUUAACUCUUAUUCAAUAACACUUGCACCGUUGACACGAUGAAGUUCGCUGAGAGAAAGUAAACAAAAGCAGCUUGUGUUUUUGACUGAAAGGCUAGGCAGGCGGCACAGGGAGGAUGUCUCAGGUGCUGAGGCUUCUCUCGGCGGCCGCUCUGCCUCUCUGCCGGGCUGCAGGACUCCGGGCUCGGCUCUGCGCGGUGACGGCAGGACGGCUCUUUACAGCCGGAUACGGGAGCUCCGCUGCCCCGAACGUCUGUCGGACUCCAGCUAACUUCCUGUCCUGUCGCAGGUUCCAGACAGCUCAGCGACGACUUUACUCCACUGAACCUAAAGAUGGAGGAGGAGGAGGAGGAGGAAGACCAGGAGGAGGGAAGAGAGGAGGAGGAGGAGGAAAAGACUGGUGGAGCCGACUGCAGAAGGGCGACUUCCCCUGGGAUGAGAAGGAUUUCCGUUACAUAAUGAUCACCGUGGCCGGAGUCAGCUCAGCUCUGCUCUACUUCUACACCAGAGACAACGGCAAAGAGAUCACCUGGAAGGACUUUGUCCACCGGUACCUGGGCAGAGACCUGGUGGAGCGGCUGGAGGUCAUCAACAAACAGUACGUCAGAGUCAUCCUGGUGCCGGGAGCUGACACCGACACGAGCUACGUUUGGUUCAACAUCGGCAGCGUCGACACGUUCGAGAGGAACCUGGAGGCGGCGCACGCAGAGCUCCAACUGGAGCCGUCGCACCGAGCCACCGUCGUCUACAGCAUGGAGAGCGACGGUUCCUUUCUGGUGAACAUGCUCCCCACGCUGCUGCUGAUUGGCUUCCUGGUCUUCAGCCUGCGACGCGGACCAAUGGGAGGAGGUGUCGGCGGCGGCAGGGGCGGGCCCUUCAGCAUGAGCGAGUCGACGGCCAAAAUGAUGAAGGACAGCAUCGACGUGAAGUUCAAGGACGUGGCCGGCUGCGAAGAGGCCAAACUGGAGAUCCUGGAGUUCGUCAACUUCCUGAAGAACCCGCAGCAGUACCAGGACCUCGGAGCCAAGAUCCCCAAGGGUGCCGUGCUGUCCGGUCCUCCCGGGACAGGGAAGACUCUGCUGGCUAAAGCCACGGCUGGAGAGGCCAACGUCCCCUUCAUCACCGUCAACGGCUCCGAGUUCCUGGAGAUGUUUGUGGGCGUCGGACCGGCCAGGGUGAGGGACAUGUUCGCCAUGGCGAGGAAGAACGCCCCCUGCAUCCUCUUCAUCGAUGAGAUCGACGCCGUGGGGAGGAAGAGAGGCGGAGGGAACUUUGGUGGUCAGAGCGAACAGGAGAACACGCUGAACCAGCUGCUGGUGGAGAUGGACGGUUUUAACACAGCUACGAACGUCGUGGUCCUGGCUGGAACCAACAGACCUGACAUCCUGGAUCCUGCCCUGAUGAGACCGGGACGCUUCGACAGACAGAUUUACAUAGGUCCUCCGGACAUCAAGGGCAGGGCGUCCAUCUUUAAAGUCCACCUUCGACCGAUCAAGCUGGACCCAAACCUGGACAAAGACGCCCUCGCCAGGAAGAUGGCGGCAGCUACACCAGGAUUCACUGGAGCCGACAUCGCUAACGUCUGCAACGAGGCAGCUCUGAUCGCCGCCAGACACCUGUACCCCGCCGUCAACGCCAAACACUUUGAACAGGCCAUCGACCGUGUCAUCGGAGGUCUGGAGAAGAAGACUCAGGUCCUGCAGCCGACAGAGAAGAAGACUGUGGCAUAUCACGAGGCCGGUCACGCCAUCGUGGGCUGGUUCCUGCAGCACGCCGACCCCCUGCUAAAGGUGUCCAUCAUCCCGCGGGGGAAGGGUCUGGGUUACGCUCAGUACCUGCCCAGAGAGCAGUACCUGUACAGCAGAGAGCAGCUGUUCGACAGGAUGUGCAUGAUGCUGGGAGGACGCGUGGCCGAGCAGGUGUUCUUCGGCCGGAUCACCACCGGAGCUCAGGACGAUUUGAAGAAGGUCACGCAGUCGGCCUACGCUCAGGUGGUGCAGUUCGGGAUGAGCGAGAAGGUGGGGCAGGUGUCGUUCGACCUGCCCCGGCAGGGCGAGAUGGUCCUGGAGAAGCCGUACAGCGAGGCCACGGCGGAGCUGAUCGACGAGGAGGUCAGGGAGAUGGUGGAUCGGGCGUACGAGCGCACCCUGCAGCUCAUUCAGGAGAAGAAGGACCUGGUGGAGAAGGUGGGGAAGCGGCUCCUGGAGAAGGAGGUCCUGGUGAAGGCGGACAUGGUGGAGCUGCUGGGCCCGCGGCCGUUUGAGGAGAAGUCGACGUACGAGGAGUUUGUGGAGGGGACGGGGAGUUUCGAGGAGGACACGAGUCUGCCGGAGGGUCUCCGAGACUGGAACCAGGAGAGAGGAGGAGGAGAGGGGGAGGCAGAGGCCGAGGAGACGAGUCCGGCUCAGGACAAACAGAAGGCGGCGUAGCAGAGCCGGAAAAAUCUCAGAUAAGACAAACGGACGCUUCACAUCCCAGCUGCAAAAAAACACUCAGCUCAGUGCAGUUUUACAGAGCCGAGGAGGAUUUCUAAAUGAGCUCCAUUAUUAAGUAGGUUAAUAAUUCAAACCCUCACAUUACCAGCAGCAGGUUCACAGCUCAGAGUGAUGGGUUUGAUUUAAAUUUGAGAUAAUGUGGACAUAGUUCAGCUUUUCUUUUUCUUUGGGUGCACAGAACAAAAACAGUCAUUUAAGUUUCUAAAUUCUAAAUCUGAGAAGAUGAAUCUCCCUCCAGGCUCUGUACGACCUCCGGUUACACGUUUAAUUUCCUUUUAUUUAUCCAGAGAAGCUUCACCAAGGCUGAGAUCAGGAACAGGACUCUCCUCCGCCACGCCUUAAACACUCAUCAAACAGGAGCAGAUUUUAAUUUUCCUGAACUGAAUGUAAAUGAUGAACAUUUACAGCGUGUGAACAGACUGAUUUAUCUUUUUAUUUAUUACCAUAUAAAGGGAGUUCUGCUCUCUGACUGAGGUGAAAACAGUCUGAUAUGAGAACUUUGCCAAAAUCAGAACAUUUUUACAGGUUUAAAACUUUGAAAACUGAUAAUGACGUAUUCCUGCAUCAACUCUGGAUUUAUUUUAUACAGAAACACCUCGAUGCUGUAACAGGACGUGUAAAUGUUUGUAUAAAUUCUUUGUGAUGAAUAACGACUCGUCAGGAAGCUGCUACGUCACAGGCCCAGUGGCUGAUGGGUAAUAUUGUAAUUCUCUGAAGGAUUUCUGCUGAUGUAAAGGAAAAACAUCCCCUAAAUCACUGAAACAAAAAAGCCAUUUAAAACAUCCUCAGGCUGAGUUGAUGCACUGUAGCAAAGUAACAGGCUUUAGUUAUGUUUUUUUAUCAACAGUAAAUUAAACCAAUUAAACUCAUCUCCUUAACCUCAACGCCAACUUCAUUUUCCUCCAGAGACGAUUCUAAGAGACGUACGGCUGCGUUUGGUAACUAAUCCCAUUUAUUACAGCGGAGUUCCUCUAAAAUAAGAGAUAAAAUUAGAUAUAAUUGAAUUAUCGCAUCUUUAGUCCCUGAAACACUAAUAACAAGCAGUAAAAUUGUAUGUUGCUGCUUAAAAAGCAGAAGUUGACGCUCAUUUGACUGGUUUCAGAUCAAAUUUAAAGCCUCUUUAUAAAAUUGUAGAUACUUAAAGGCAGUAUUUAACCUUAUAUUAAAGUAAUUAAAGUGAAUUUAUAUAGUUCAGUGUAGAAGCUGCACAGUGUUAUUUCCAUCUAAUGAUUUGAUUUUUGUGAAGCCAUAAUAAUUUUGUCAGGAGGAAAAAACUAACACCAAACAUUAAACAACAUUUUCUUGACAUUUAAAUUAAAUUAAAAACAUUAAAAUGUCAUUUUUAACUCUGAUAUGCCUUUAAUGUAUAGAACUUUAGACUCUCUAGGACUUGUUGAAACAUAAGUAAUCAAAUAAAGCACUUCUGUCCCACUGCAUUGAAUGCAGCACACAAACCUACUGUGAGGCAUUCUGGGAAAUGUAAGAAAUAACUGGCUGUAAAAAAGCAGUAAAAGCAGUUUAAACAAAAAAAAAGUGAUGUAUCUAAAGGGGGAUUUCUUCUUUUUUAUGUCAUGUUGUUGUUGUUACUGCAGCCGUCCAGCAGGCGGCGACCUUGCUGUUUAUCUGCAGGAGGGUUCGACUGAGACAGGAAGUUAAACAGCAGCUGAGUCUGUCUUUAAAGGUAACACGAGCAAGGUUUGGACUCUGAAUCAGUCGAACCCCCCUGAACAUAAUCUGGGUUAUUAAGACCUCACAGACAGGAAGUGCUUUACCACAAAAACACAGACAUCAAAUCUAAAAAUAAAUGUUUUACCUUUAACCUUCUGGACUGAACAAUUUUUAGACUCUGACCCGCUGUGGGAAAGUUAUUACCGCUGCUGCAGUGUUAUUAAUUUGUAAAACAGGCAACCUAGUUGAGGCAAGGAGAGAGAGAAUGGUAGAAUGAACAUCAAGUCAGAUUUGUAUCAGUACUUUUUAUUUUUUACUGGGACAAAUUCUCUAGAGUUUUAAUCAGCUGUGUCAGUCUCUACUGGCUCUUUGUGCGUCUGUCAGUCUCCUGUCAUUCUCAGUGUAUCAGCAUCUGAAAAAUCACCACAGGCAGCAGAAAAACUGAUGUAAAGUUACUGCACAGAAGGCAAGAGAACGCAGAGCUACUGUUUGUUCUGUGAGAAGUGGUUCAUUAUGUGUUUGUUUUGUUGGAAUAAAUACAUUUUGGAUUUGUA